AAUAAAAAAAUUUGUUAAUUAUAUGUUUACUGUCAGAUGUAUAUAACACAAUAUUAUAUAAAAUAUAUACUUAUACAUUAAAUAUAAAUAAAAAUGAACCAUUAAAUAAAAAUGACAACUAAAAUAGGAAUAAGGUAUUCGAGGGAGACAACUGGUGACGUGAGUCAUUUUAAAGUUUUAACGCGAUUCAAGUGUUUGUUUUUUUGAUAACGUCAUUUAUAGAUAUUAUUGUGAUUGAUUGAAUAUCUGAAAAAUAUAAAAAACGAUGCUUAAAUAUGUGGAUUACAUUAACUAAAAUAUGUGAUGGCUGGUGCUGUUGUAAUCGAAACAAAUCAGAAUUUACAAGUAUUUGUUGAUAAUAAAUUAAUGAAGAACGCAACACCUAGUAACUACAAACAGCAGCAACAACAACAACAAUACCGUGACCGUGAAUGCAAUGGUUAUAAUAAAAUGGCUAUUUCAUUAGAACGUUAUAAUACUUCAGCAUCUCUAUCGGGUGGAUCACUAUCAUCACCAUCAACCGGAACAGCAGCAAUUGGAGUAACGAGUAAUAAAUAUAAUCGUGAGAAUAAUAAAAAUGAGCAUAACCGUCCAAAAAAUUUUGUAUAUAAUGCCAACAAAUCAUCAACGUCAUCCUCGUCGCCUGUAACAGUGCCACUAUGUCUUCUUGGAGAUGUACAGUUACGUUUUCUUUGUCCAGAAGAUUUAGAAGAAGUACGUGCACUGUGUCAAGACUGGUUUCCGAUAGAUUAUCCGUACUCAUGGUAUGAAGAUAUAACAAGUUCAUCACGAUUUUAUGCACUGGCAGCAGUAUUUGGCGGUGUCAUAAUUGGAUUGAUAGUCGCUGAAAUAAAACCUUUUGCGACUUUAAAUAAAGAAGACCAAGGUAUAUUGUGUUCAAGUUUAGGUAAAGAAUCACUCGUUGGGUAUAUAUUAUCGUUGGGUGUACGUCGUGCUUAUAGAAGAAAUGGUAUUGCUUCGUUAUUACUUGAACAAUUAUUGGCCCACGUAACAGCACCAGAACGUUCAAUAGUUAAAGCUGUAUUUCUACAUGUACUGUCAAGUAAUGCACCAGCAAUAUUAUUCUACCAAAGAUGUAAUUUUAGACUACAUAGUUUUCUGCCAUAUUAUUACUCAAUACGCGGUAAGUGCCGUGAUGGAUUCACAUAUGUACUUUAUGUCAACGGUGGUCAUGCACCCUGGGGUUUUUGGGAUUGGAUGCGUCAUUUAGCUGGUGCAAUGUCUAGCUUAGGACCAUGUAGAGUACCACACUGGAUUUGGCAACGAUUAAUGUGGGCUGCGACUCUGCUCUCUUAUCAUAGAUGAUAUUUAAACUGUCGGAUAAAAUUAAAAUUUUAUAAUAAAAUUGACCAGUAGAUUCUCAAUCAUCUGAACUGAGAUUAGUUUAUCACUCAAUUAUUAAAAUAUUUAUAGAGAUUAUUAUAAGAUGAUGUUAUUAAAGCUUUAUUAAAUGUUACUUUCACGAUUUUUUCAAA